AGGGUCACCUAUUUCUGAUACACUCUUUAUAUACUUUUAGCUGAACGUGUAGUUGGCUAUACAGCUAAAUAAAUAACCGAUCAUUUUUUUAAUAGGUGGUACUUUACUAUUAAGACAGUAAUUAAUGUUUGUUUUUCUAUUUUCCAUUGUAUUUCACUGUUUUUAUAAUCCGCAGUUAAAAAUCCUUGUCAGUUUUAUUUCAACAACUUGUAGAUUAAGCACAUUUUUUGUGUUUUAUCACACAAAAUGGCGCAUAAUUUAGCCGACGUCAAUCGUGAAUAUUCCAAAAACCCGAAUUUGAAACAAGAAGACGUCAAAUCACUUAUGGAGUGGGUAAACAAGCAACCCCACCUUCCACAAAUCAACGAGUUGCAAGCGAUUUUAUUUCUCCAAAGUUGCAAUAACAGAAAUGAGGCUGCAAAAACAGCAAUUGACACCUUCUUUACGGUUAAAACUCUCUGUUCUGAUUUAUUCGGGGGGAGAAACCCCCUUGCAUCCCCAAAUAAGGACACAAUUAAUGUCUCACUUAUGACACCCCUUCCCAGGGAAACCCCCGAAGGCUAUUGCAUUUUUUUAGUGAAAUUGGUGGACACCAACCCAGAUAAAUACGUUUUUGUCGACCAACUGCGCUGUUUCGAUAUGAUAAUUAUGCAACACCUGCACCAAAAAGGCACUUCAAACGGCCAUUUGAUCCUCUUUGACAUGAAAGGGGUCGUGUUUGGGCAUGUAACAAAAUUGGGUCCUUUAACCAUGAAAAAAUUUCUAUACUAUUUGCAAGAAGCAAUGCCUGUGAAACUCAAAGGUUUGCAUUUUUUCAAUAUUGUCCCUUUCAUGGAUAAAAUUCUCGCCUUGAUGAAACCCUUCAUGAAGAAAGAGUUACUAGAUAUGCUGUAUUUGCACAACACUGUUGACGAUCUAGUCAAACAAAUCCCGCGCGAUUGUUUGCCGCAAGAAUAUGGAGGGGCGGCUGAAACAACGGCCAUUUUGCACGAAAAAAUGAAAGGAAAGCUUUGCGAAAACUCGGCGUUUUUUGAUUGGGAGGAUAAGCAAAAAGUUGAUGAAAGUUUGAGACCCGGAAAACCGAAAAAUGUCGGUGAUUAUUUCGGAGUCGAGGGUACUUUUAAAAAGCUAGAAUUAGAUUAA